GACGGGCCUCGCGCUGAAAAGUAUUAUUACUACUGAAACCCCCCUCCCUCUUUUUCUUUCUCUCUUUCUCUUAUUCUUCUCUAAUCACGAUUCCUUCCCUUCCCUUGGGUUCGCAAUACACUCCUUUCGUUAGUGUUGUUUUAUAGAGCCUCUGCUUGCUCGAGACAUUCCUUGAAUCAACCCAAAAACACAUUCCUUGAUAUUGUUUGCGUUCCCUGGGCUAUUGUUCUGUGGCAUAUAUACCUACUGUGAUACCCAUAUCUCUCGUACAUAACCUUGGUUAUCUGUGAACAUCCAACGCAAUUAUUUUGAUCACCAUGCAGCUCAAGAACUCACUGUUCCUGCUCACCGCGUUGACGGCUGGUUCCACCGUCGCCCGUAUGCACGGCCACGAGCGUCGCCAUGCCCACCACCACCUGCAGCACGAGGAGAAGCGCGCGGUCGGUGAUAUAGUCUAUGCCAACUUCAACGGCGUCUGGAAGUCCUGGAUCAACGAGUUCUCCGGCGUCGCCAGCACUACCUCCGCCUCCGACUCUACUCCUACAGCUUCCUCCUCGGGUACUUCUGUUGUCACCGUCUCCGCUGUCCCUACCGCCAGCAGUGGCCCUACCGUGACCACCCCCGGAUCCUGCAAGGAGUGGCAUGCUUUCCAGGACGGUGACAAUUACACCCGCGAGGGCUUCGGAAAUAAGACCGCGAACAACGGUGCAGAGUACAUCAAGUACAUUGGCAACGUUGGCGACCCGUACGGCAGCAACAUCAUCGAGGUCUCCGAGAGCAAGGCCUGCGAGUACAAGCACGUCAUCCGCAUUGACGGCAGUGAGAAGGAGACCUGGACCGUUGCCUUCUGGAACAAGAUGGGCCCCGAUCUCAAGCUUACUGGCUGGUACGGCAAUGCUGUUCUGACCCUCAAGAUCAACCCCGGUGAGAGCAAGUACGUUGCUUUCGACGACGACUCUCAGGGUGCCUGGGGUGCCGCCAAAGGUGACUCACUUCCUAAGGACCAAUACGGUGGCUACGCCUGCACCUGGGGUGAAUUCGACUUCGGCAACACCUCCAACGAGGGCUGGUCCGGCUGGGACGUGUCUGCCAUUCAGGCCCAGAAUGCCGGUCUCGAUGUCCAGGGUAUGAGAAUCUGCACCCACGACAACCAAAAGUGCUCUGCCAUCUCCAACCUUGCCAAGCUGGUUGAGAACGCUUACACUGCCCUCGAGGCCGGCGUUGACGGCAUCGGUGGCGAAUGGACCGCUGGCGCUCUCCGUCUGGUUGUCAACAUUGACUUCGACUAAGCGUUGUUUCUGUGCCCUGUCAGUUUCGUUUCUUCCCUUCUAUGACUUUACUUCUGCAAAAUUGAUUAGGGGUUGGAGGUGUUUUUCUCUUCAUUGUAUGCGGUGUCUAAUGGCGCUUGUAGCGUUGAAACCAACAUGUCCGGUUUCAUCCUCAAGUCCUUACACCCGUGACCGCCAUCCGGCCUUGACGAUAGUGCAUUCAUUUCCAUGUACAUACAUAUACCACUGUUCACUGUAUUGAUUUAGUUUCAUAUCACGAUAGAAUUACGUACAAUUUAUCCAUACUCCACCUGUAGCAUUCCAUGUCUUUCCCUCGGAAUGUACAUGACACAUACCAGU